AAAUGGGUGCUCUCUGGAGCGCUCUCUGUGUGGCUGCUGACAUUACCGUAAUGAUAAUAAUACGCGCGCACCGAAAUAUAAAGCGCGGCUGGCUUGACUGUGUUUUUCCGAACCGCGGCUGGCUUGACCGCAGUAUAAAUGCGGCUCUUUUGCUCCGGGUCUCCGCUACGUCACCUCAAUGGAGCCGUCACAAACACCCCAAACAGCGUUCCUGUUCUGAAAACAGUUACGAACUGUUUUAUGAAAUUCCUAAUUCAGACCUGUACAAAUGGAGAAGCAGGUUGUAGAUGGAUUAAGGGAGGUCUUCCAGUCAGGCAGAUCCAGACCCCUGCAGUACAGAAAACAGCAGCUUAGAGCUCUGCUCCGGCUCAUCACUGAACGCCAUGCAGACAUUGAACAAGCUCUAAAGCAAGACCUUAACAGGAGUAUGCAUGGCACUUCACUCUUUGAGUUGAUCGGCAUUGAGAAUGACAUCAAGGUGGCAGAGCGUGAGAUGACAGAGUGGGCAGCUCCUCGGCCUGUGAAGAAGAAUCUCAACUCCGCACUUGAUGAUGUUUACGUAAAGCCUGAACCUUUAGGUGUUGUGUUGAUUAUUGGAACCUGGAACUAUCCUUGGGCCAUGAUCUUUCAGCCCCUUGUUGGAGCUAUUGCAGCUGGAAAUGCGGCUGUGGUGAAGCCAUCAGAGCUGAGUGAGCACUCUUCUAGACUAAUGAAAGAGCUGCUUCCUCUCUAUCUGGAUAAGGAGAUGUAUCAGGUGGUGACAGGAGGGGUUCCAGAGACCCAGGAGCUGCUGAAGCAGCGUUUUGACCACAUCUUCUACACUGGAAGCAGCACAGUGGGCAAACUGGUUAUGGAAGCAGCUUCUCGUCACCUCACACCAGUCACUUUAGAACUGGGUGGAAAAAGCCCCUGUUAUAUUGACAAGAACUGUGACAUUGCUGUGGCGUGCCGACGAAUAACCUGGGGAAAGUUUGCAAACUGUGGCCAGACAUGCAUUGCCCCUGACUACAUUCUGUGUGAGCCAAGCAUCCAGGACAGGAUAGUUGAAGAAAUUCAGAAGACACUUCUGGAGUUCUACCAGACGGACCCUAAAAGCUCUCCAGAUUAUUGCAGAAUCAUUAACACACGUCACUUUGACAGAGUAUUGGCUCUGAUGAAUGAAUGCACCAUUGCUUUGGGAGGAGAAAAUGAUCGCUCACAGUGUUACAUAGCUCCUACAGUCCUGAAAGAUGUUUUGCCCCAUUUCAAAAUCAUGCAAGAAGAAAUCUUUGGACCCCUGCUGCCCAUUGUCACUGUUAAUGGCUUGAGUGAGGCCAUAAAUUUUAUCAAUGCUAGAGAAAAGCCUUUGGCUCUCUAUAUUUUCUCCUCUGAUAAAACGGUGAUAAAGAGAAUGUUAAAGGAAACCACCAGUGGAGGAGUGACUGUUAAUGAUGUCCUUAUGCAUUACACUGUUGAUACUUUACCUUUUGGAGGCGUGGGAAACAGUGGAAUGGGCAGAUAUCAUGGGAAACACACGUUUGACCAGCUGAGCCACCAUCGUGCCUGCCUCAUCAAGUCUUUUGCUAUGGAGAGUUUGAACGAUGCCCGUUACCCUCCACUAACAACAGCCCGUCUGCGCAAGGCCAAGUUUUUUAUGGGGCAUCGCAUGUGUAGCUGUAAUGGCAUGUGUGUUUGGGCUGUCAUCGCCACCGUACUUGCAAUUGGCCUGCUUGUUGGACUAUUAGUUGUGCUGAUAUAGGUAAAGGAUUUUAUUGUAUUUACUAUCACAUUGUAGAAAUAGUUUCAAGGGUUGAUUUUGUGUUUGCACUAUGCUCACAUUUUAUUACAGUCUCAGGAGGAUGGCAAACCCUAGAGCAUUUUAGGGAAGAAAGUCUGAACAUUGACUCGCCCUCAGGCAAUCUAAUGUUGUUGAUGUUUUUCUUCAUUGAAUAUUUUUUGAUGAAACAGUGCUCCUGAGUGAUUCAUAAAAUCAACUGCUAUUGCCGUUGUUAUUAUUAUUAUUAUUUUUACUUUUAAAGAGCUCAGCUGUUGACCUGACUUUUCUGAAUAGCCAAGGAUCUGUUUUAGCUGAAAUCUUCAUCAAUUUUGUAAAGGCACUAUACAGUAUUUUUGGGUACAGUAACAUGAAGUUUUUAUAUUUGUGUGAGUUAUUUCUUUAAGAUAAAUUUAUGUUCCUAUACUGUAAAACGCGAUUAGUACAAUUAACGCAAAACUGUUUGAGGUAACCGAUUGCAGCAAACCAUUUAAGUUUUGAAACAAUAUGGUUUGAGUACUGUAAACUAUAUGACUAUGACAAUAUAUAGAGUCAUAUACACACUUUACAUUUACGUUACAUUUGAGUUAAUAAUCUGUGUUGAGUAUUAACAACUUAAACAUUUUAAGUUCAGUUAUCAAAUUGCUAUAAGUUCAAAAAAUUAAGUCCAAACAACUAUAUGCUCAGAUGGUUUGGUAUUGCUCCUAGUUUUAGAGUUAUGUUGACACAAAAAUAUAAUUAUGUCAUUCAUAACUCAUUCGUAGGGCCAAACAGAAUCUGCAGAAUAUUUUUUGCUAUUUCUGUGGAGAAUUUUGUUAAAAAUCUGCGCAUUUAUGCUAAAUGAUUUUGAGACUAUCAUAGCUAAAAAAUGUAUAUAUGAAGUAAGUAAAAAAACAUUUUCAAUUUUCAUUUAUUGUUAACAAUGCAAAUCCAAUCAGAUCCACUUUAUUUGGUAAACAUAGCAAGUCUCUUAUAAUAUAUCUACUUAAAGACUGAAAAUAUUACUUUACAAACUGUAUUGUGAAUGAAUCAUGUCAACAUUGUCAUGUUUGUCAAUAUAAAAAUGAAAUUAUUUUAAAUCAGAAAAAAUAUACAUGUACACAUUUAUUCAAGUAAAUAAACAGAGUCAAUGAUGGGCUAAAAAUCUGCGGAAGUCUACGCGCACCGAUUCCGUGUUGGCCUACCCAUUCGUUUUGAGUUCUGCUUAAAAUAAUCCAUUUAUAUGUUUCGUAAAGUAACAUUUAAAAAAAAGUAUAAGUUUAACUUAUUUAAGCCUUUGAUGCACAAGCUAUAAAAUAGAAAUAGAAAAAAUAAACUUAGAGGGAUCACUUUAGACCCAAGUAGUGCAUCAAAGGGUUAAUUUAGUAAAUUGUGACUCUUAGGUUUUACAGAAAACAAAGAACAUCAUCAGAGUACUAACAAUGGUAUGGCUAUACUAGAUUGAAUUAUUUUUAUUUAGUUUUGUUAUUUCAUAUUUAUGCAUUUUAUAAAUACAGUAAUGGUUUUCCAGUUUGUUGAGGAAAGCCAUGUGAUUGAACUGUCACGGUUUGUCUGUUUGGUUAAUGAGUAUUUCUCAAAAGGCCACUGUUUGGAUCAAGCUUUGUUUAAUAACUGAAAUUUCCCAUUGCUCUAACAACGAAUGAUUGUUCAUAAUCAGUGUUCCUUCACUUCUACAGCAGACUCCUAUCUGAAGCAACAGAUCUACUGGAUACACUGUUGUUCUUUAUAUUUGCUGCUGUCUUUUGAUAUGAUAUAGUAUUUUUGGAUCAUAUAUUUGUAUAAAUAUUGAGUAUUUAGAUCGUUCUUAUGAUCCAUCUGUAAGAGCUUAUGCGUUUAAACCACUAGAUGAUAAAACUGCAGCACACAUUUAUAAUAAAUUAUUGCUUGUUGGUGUAGACGCUAAUUUACUGUAGCUAUGGUUAUGUAUGACUAUCUCAUAUGUAUAGAUAUAGAUAUAGUUAUCAUUCUUAGUGACAUUUUUAAUUAGCAUAAAACUAAAUUUAUUAUUUAAAAAUAUAGAUCACUAAUACUUAUUUAUGCACUGUUUUUUGCUCAUGUAGAGAAUUUGAGAGGAACUACUGAACUGUGCAGAAUCUGCAGAUUUGGUUGUUUAAAUGGACAAGUUAGCAUUAUAUGUGGUAUGUAGCAGUACAAUGCUGGCAUUGUUCUCUGUUGCUCCUAUUGUUCUCCAGCUUAUCCUCUUUAUAUGGUGGACUUUUUAGAAAGCUUAAGCUCAGGAGCUUGCAAAUUCUUGCUACUUUAAAAUAAUGCUAGUACAGACAAGAAUGUUUUUGUAUCUUAACAGUGUUAAUCAAAGCUAAUCAGUGAUGUUUUUAGUGGAAUAAAUCUACUAGGUUUUAAGGCAAAAAUGCCAAUGUAACUUGAACUUAAAUGUGAUUUUUAGGCUUAAAAUGAUAUUUCUUAUUUUUCAUUUUUAAUGUAAUAAAGAGUCUGUCCAAU